AUGGUCCAAAGCAAUGAUUUUUCCCUUACUGCGAAGAAGAAAAUUGGUUUUGUUAAUGGAAAGAUCUCAAAGCCAGAUUUGGAUUCGCCUUUGUAUGAAGAUUGGGAGAGCGGUAACACUAUGAUGCUUUCUUGGAUGAUCAAUUCUAUGCACGUAGAUGUGUCCAACAGCAUUAUGUACUGUGAAACAGCAAGGGAGAUGUGGAUUGAAUUGCAAAAUCUAUUUUCACAAAGGAAUGGUUCCAAGAUUUACAAUUUACAAAGAGAAAUUUCGCAUAUUUCUCAAAACCAAAUGUUAGUGACAGAAUAUUACACCAAAUUUAAGAGGCUUUGGGAUCAAUUGCUUAAUUACGAGCCACUUCCUGAGUGUUCUUGUGGUACUAUAAAGUUGUUAAGUGCUUCACAUAACAAAGCCUAUGUCAUGAGGUUUCUGAUGGGAUUAAAUGAGAAUUUUAAGACUCUUCGUAGUCAAAUUCUCAUGCAUGAUCACUACGUUUCAUCAUUAUCCAAACGGAUACUUAGAGCCCGUUUGGAUGCUAUAGCAGAGUAUUUGGUAACAAGCUUCAAGAAUCAGUAA